AUGUUUUGGAGAUUUGGCGGCUACGCCAACAUCUCCACCAUCGACACCAUCCUCGACAAGCCCGACUUCACCCUCGAGGAGCUGCUCGACGAGAGCGACCUGAUCCAGGAGCUGAAGCAGCACAAUACGAAGCUCAUCGAAUACCUACGCGAGGAUAAGAUUCUCGACAAGCUCCUCGACUAUGUCGUCGCCCCCAAGCUCGAGCCCGUCGAGACCCCCGACGAAUCCGCCGAUGACGAAGCCAAGGGCAGAAGCCGCCUGCUGCCCUUUUCGCGCCCACGCGCCUCCUCCCGCGCUGCCGAUGCCUCGGAAAACGACGACGAGGAGCAGGAGAAGAGGCGCAACCGAUAUGCCCUCGUCGCUUGCGAAAUCCUCAGCUCCGAGACGUGGUCCAUCUCCGAGGCCCUCACCGACAACCUCGACCUCAUCCGCAGUUUCUGGGUCUUCCUCUCGCGACCCGCCCCCCUCGAUCCUCUCCAGGCCAGCUACUUUACAAAGGUCAACGAGUCGCUCUUUGAGAAGAAGACAGAGGAAAUGAUGGUGCUGUUUCGAGGCCUGCCCAACAUCGUGCCCGACUUGCUCAGGCACGUCGAAUGCCCAAUGGUCAUGGACUUGCUCCUCAAGAUAAUUGCCUUGGAUCGCGCUGAAGGCGGCCAGGGCAUCGUCGAGUGGCUCUACUCCAAAGACAUCAUCCCCAUGCUCCUGUCCUGCCUCGAUCCCAGCCACAGCUGGGUCGUGCAAACUGCCGCUGGCGACUUUAUCAAAGCCAUCAUUACCAUUUCCGCCAACGCUUCACAAAACGAGCAGCAGUGCAUUGGCCCCAAUGAGCUCACCAGGCAGCUCGUGUCCAAGCCCUGCGCCGAACAGCUCGUCGGCUACAUGCUCGGCGGGGGCAACCCGCUAACUGUCGGCGUCGGCAUCGUCAUCGAGGUCAUCCGGAAAAACAACUCCGACUACGAUCCCGACGUCGGCAGCGAAGCCAACACAGUCCCGUCCAGCCGUGACCCCAUCUAUCUGGGCACAUUGCUGCGGCUCUUUGCGGACAAUGUGCCAAACUUUAUGAGCCUGAUUAUGGACGGCCCCUUGAAGAAGCAUGGCCUAGCUUCGACCUUCGGCGAGAAGCUGGAGCCACUCGGAUUCGACCGGUUCAAGACCUGCGAGCUCAUGGCCGAACUCUUGCAUUGCAGCAACAUGGGCCUCCUCAACGAGGCCGGUUCCGAGCAGCUGAUUGCGACCCGGGAUGCCGAGCGGCACCGUCUGCGAAUCGACGGCAGGCUCGGUCCGCAGAGGGACGAAGACCACUCCGCCGACGACCUGACGAUGCGAAUACCACAGGCGGUGACUGACGAGAGUCGGCGUCUCGAGGUCACAAACGCAGAUGACGACGGUUUUGAAGAGGUCGAGCCGAGCAAGGAAAUGAGCGAAGAUACUUCGCACGAAUUCGUCAAGGCUGAAGAUGACAUGGCUGCGCCCCCUCCCGCAUUCUUCCUCGAGAGGGACGAUGAUGAUUUUGUCGACGAGCCGCUGAACUCGCCUCAGCUAUCGUUUGAUGCUGGAAAGACGGAUACUCAACAAACUUUGGACGAUCCCGACCUCGUGGUGGCUCCCCUGUCACCAUCGAAAACUCAACAGCCGAACGAUGAGCCCGUUGCCAACGAGAUUACUGAAAAUGACGAGCCUCAAAAAACCCCCGAGGUCGCUUCAGAGCCCCCUUCAGAGCCCGAUCCCCAACCUGGGUUGGGCGGACUGGCUCCCCAUGAACCAGGGGAUUCCUCUGGAAACCGUGAAUUGUCCCCUCAUCCCGAGGACACGCCUGCGCCUCUCUUUUCAGUCUCCAACGCCGGCCAACCCGCAGCGCAGCAAUCUGCAACCAACACAAUAGCUGAAACGCCGUCAGAACCUCAGCGCAGCCCUACUACAAAAGAGGCUGGCAUUGCACAAGAAGAGAUGGUCACUGAUUCACCAGCGACUGAGCGGCGGAGGGAGGCCGGCUCCACGGAUCCCGUGGUGGGGGACUUUCUGAAGAUGCAAUUUGUGGAUCAUCACGUCGUCCCUGCAAUACUGUCUUUCUUCUUCGCUUAUCCGUGGAACAACUUCCUGCACAACGUAGUCUACGACGUUGUACAGCAAGUUUUCAACGGGCCCAUGGAUCGCGGAUUCAACCCUACGCUGGCCGUGUCUCUCUUCGAGUCAGCAGACAUCACAACGGCCAUUAUCAACGGACAGCAGGCCAGCGAUAUUUCUCAGGCCAAGGUCAAGACUCGCAUGGGAUACAUGGGUCACCUCACCCUCAUCGCCGAAGAGGUGGUCAAGUUCACCGAGCGACAUCCGCCCGAGCUCCUAUCGGAGAUUGUGCUCGACAAGGUCAUGAGUCAGGACUGGAUCAAUUACGUCGAGGGUGCUCUAGCCGAAACCCGCGAGAGGGAUAACGCCAUCCUAGGCGGCGUGCGGCCCGAGGUGGCGCUUGGGCAUCGAGGAAGCAUCGGCGGCAACGGACUGGCCGGCGUGGGCCUCUCCAGCCUCGGGGCUGGCUCGGGAGCCUCGUCCAACGCUCUCGCCGAAGCCGGCCUCAACGGAGGCAUUGAGCUCGCCGAGAGCGGUGGCAACGGAAUCGGGCCCUUUGCCAUAAGCGCAGGCACUUUGAUGUCGGGCUUCGGCAGCAGCAGCGACGAGGAAGACGAGGAGGGCGACGGCGACGAGGAAGACGUUAAUUCCGAGUUUCGAGCUUAUACCGAUCCACUCAACAACACGGGAAACCUAAUGGCACCGCCAUCGAUUCCCCCGCCUCCACCUCCUCCGCCUCCGCUAAAUGUCCCCCCAUCGAGAGCUAGAUUGCAGCUGGCGGCGCGGUUGGCGAUGCAUCAGAAAAACAGUCACAGCAUGGACGGGUCCUCGGCCAUGCUCCACGAGAACGACGAAGAUGAAGACAGUAGCGACCCGUUUCGGGACGGAGAGGACGAGCUGGAGGACGAGUUGAGUGGAAACGUUGCUGCCGAAGGUGGCCGCGGAUCAUGGUGGAGGGGAGUUGUGAGGGGUCGAAGCAAAAAGGAUGACGACGAUUCUGACGAUGGCGACGACGAUGAGGAGUUUGGAGAUUUUGCCAUGGCAGAGGACGACAAGGGGAGAGAGGGCGAGAGCGGUUCCCAUGUCCUGCUGCGUCCACUAGCCGUACACCCAGCCAAGGAGAGCAGUAGGGGGCUCAGCGGCCUCUGGCCGUUUGGGUCGCGUGGUGACAGGGACAAGAAUAAACACGAAGGCGAGAAGGAGGGGGUGAAGAGGCAAGAGGCGGCGCCGGCUACGAGCGAGAAGACGGAGGACGACGGGCCCGCGGUAGAGGUCAAGGAGGCGACGAACAGGACCAGCAUCGAGGAGCCCGACGAGGAAGAGGUGGUGAUUGGAGCCGAGAGGCUGGCUGGCGGCGUGUCAGGGUAA